AUCAGUGGGCUUCACCUCGAGUAAUCAAUGCCAGUCUACUACCUUCCAGUACUGUAGCAACUACCUUCCAGGUCGAUCCACGUGCGAUGACUGCCACAACACCUUAACCCCGCAACACGCCUUACUGGUCUUCUUGGAUAUCGUCACGACACUCGUUUUCACCACUCAUCCCGUCGCCUGGCCUUGGUCAACAUGGCUCCACUCACCGACGGGCAGCUCUUCGGUAUCGAAAUCGCAACGCGCGCCUCGUCAAUCGCGUCGAUCCUUGGCUCUCUGUUCAUUACCAGCACCUUCCUCUACUUCCCAUACUUCCGAAAAUUCAAUACCCGCUUGAUCUUUUACGCGACCUGGGGCAACAUCACCACUAACAUCGCGACGUUCAUAUCAAUCUCUGCAAUCCCAAAUGGCCCAGCGAAGACCACGCCGCUAUGCGAAAUCCAAGCCUUCCUGAUUCAAUGGUUCAUGUUGGCAGAUCCAUUUUGGGUACUUUGCAUGGCCCUAAACGUGUGGCGAAUUUUCAUGAUCAAAAACUUCGAUGGACGAAAGCUCCCCGAUCCAGAGAAGUGGUACAUCUUGUUUGCAUAUGGACUCCCCGCUAUCACGGCUUUCAUCUACCUCAUCCAUGAUCACAACAGCGGCCAACGCAUCAUGGGUCCAGCUAUCCUCUGGUGUUGGGUGAGCAAAGAGUUUGACUGGAUGCGCAUCGUGUUCUUCUACGGUCCAAUGUUGAUAUUAGCUGGAACGGCCAUGAGCAUACACAUCUGCGUCGGCUUCAAGGUCUAUAAAGUAAAGGUCGAGCUGCGCAAGAUGGUGGAAGAGUCCCGACGGUCUUCUGCACAAAUGUCCUCUGGAGUCUUGGAAGAUCCUUUCUAUACUCCCAAAGACACCAUCGUCGUCACAACUAAGAUUGAGCGCGACAUCCACGCGGGCGACUUCAUGUCUCGACCUGCGACACCAGGAGCCAACCAGAGCUGGCUGACUCCUCCCCCUAGUCCGCGAAAAUCGACAACUCCUCCACCUACCGACGCAUCAGACACCACUCGCUCACCCACACCCUGCUGCCCGUCAAAGUCGCCAGGACGUUACAGCCUCCUGGUCCCUUUGAACCCUAAUAGCCCGCACCGUCACAGCAAACCCCUGCUCAUCGGCCGCUACAGAGCAACCGCUUACUCUGCGCCCCUAGCCUCCGGCGACUUCGCAACACUUCCAUCACCUCAAGUUCCGGUCUUCCAGCCAACGGAGCACGCCGCCCACCUCAAGCGCCGGCGAGAGAACGCAGCAGCAUUCGCCUAUUUCAGGGUCGCGUUGUUGCUGUUCGUCGCACUCGUUGUGGUCUGGGUGCCGUCGAGUAUCAACCGUCUCUACCAGAUCGCGCACCCAGAUCAUCCUAGUUAUGGCUUAAAUGUUGUUUCUGCUCUUGUCCUCCCGAUGCAGGGUUUCUGGAACGCGGUUAUUUAUGCGCAGACAACGUGGCCGGAGUGUAAGCGCGCAUACGCAACAGGUAUGUCGAAGCUUAAGGGAGAUGCCGUGAGCAAGCAGCCGUCGAAUGACUCGGUGCGAGAUGAGUCGAUCAAGUACAACGGGAUUAUCGAGAGCGAAGGAACCGAGAUGUCGUUCGAGGACAAGUCUGAGCUGAAUGCCUCCGUGCAGACGGUGUGAGUACGCCUGCAGUUCGACAGAAAUAAUUGCGCUUCCCACACAGCUCUUGUUGGUUUGAAACAGCUUGUAUACCUCCAGUGUGCCUUGGUGUAGCUGCACUUGCAAGCACUGGACACCCUCGUCUUUUUCUGUUUUACGACUUUCACGAUGGCCAUGAGAGAUACCCCGGUUUUUGGCGCAAGGUGUUGGGUAGUUUGGCGCUUGCUGGAAGCCCCAU